AUGGAGCAAAGUUCAGCCUCAGGGAUACCAAAGAAUCCUAACAAGUUUAUUAAUGUUGUUUUGAAUCAUGGUGAGCAUUCUGCGGUUUUUCGUGUUAAUACUAAAAUAACCGUAGAAGAAUUGAAGCAUUUAGCAUGCAAGCAGUGGAGGUCUUUGUCCCCUGGGAGUAUAUGUUUCAGCUAUAUGGACAAUGCUCAAGUAGUUUUUGUGACAGGUGAUAUACAACUACAAAGCUUAAUUGGUUUCAUGAUUCUUAUUGAUAAUGAAGAUGUGUAUUUGCGUGUGGGUAUGAUUCUGAAUCAUACUUCUCGUUCUAAGUCUGGUUAUAGCAGAAGUUCUGGUUCUAAGUCUGGUUGCAGCAUUAGUUUUGGUUCUUGUUCUAAGUCUGCUUGUGAAACUGAAAGUCCUAAGAUGGUAAGGGUAUUAGAUCAUGAUGCAGACAAGGGGAAGCCUCUUAUUAUCGAUGAAUGGAAUUAUGUAUUUGACGAGAUUGGUAGAGAAUUCAUGGGUGGUGUUAAAGCUGUUAGGAUUGCUCUCGAUAAGUACAAGAUGGCUACUGGUCACAAGAUUGUUAUUCUUAAAAAUGACACAACUCGUUUUACUGCAAAAUGCGAAGAAGAUGGUUGUUCUUGGAGGAUUCACUUUGGGCCUGUGAAUGGUGAUACUUCUCGGUUCGUGCUGAAAGAUUCUAACGCUCACAGGUUGAAGAGUCCUGCGGUGAUAACCAAGUUAGUCAAGCAUUUGAUCGCUGAAAAUAUACAAGGUGAUCCUAGCUUAAAACCCAGACAAAUCAUUUCACUUUUCAAGAAAACUUAUGGGUCCAAUAUUAAGUAUCACCAUGCCCGUAGAGGGAAAGAAGUUGUAUUUGAAGAACAGUAUGGCGAUGAUGAGAAGUCGUAUAGUGAUUUUACUUGGUAUGUCAAAGCAAUUGAAGAAACUAAUCCCGAUAGCUAUGUGAGGUUUGAAGUUGAGGAUGGAACCAAUAGAUUUCAGAGGAUAUUCGUUUGUUACGGUUCUUGCAAGCAUUGGUAUAGGUAUCUCAGGCCCAUGAUUUACUUGGACGCUACUUUCCUUACUGGUAGAUACAGGGGUACUCUGAUGGAUGCAACAUGUAUCAACAGAAACAAUGAGUUUUACCCAUUUGCUUUUGCUAUUGUUUCUUCUGAAAACAAAGAUAAUUGGUUUUGGUUUCUGGAGAAUCUUCAAAAACUUGUCGAUGGUUGUCCGAUUGUUUUCCUUAGUGAUCGUGGAGAAGGACUUUUACAGGGCAUUCCAAAAUAUUUUCCUAAUUCACAUCAUAGCUAUUGCUUUUACCACAUCAAAUGCAAUCUCCCCAUUGGAUCAGGUGAUGCGAAUUCGAAGCCCGUUCUUGAUUUGUUUUACAAAGCUGCGUACUCUUACACACCAACAAACUUUGAAGAAGCUUUGUGGGGCAUGCAUGCAAUUGGAUGUGGGCAUGUUGCUAACUAUAUCAGGACUAUUCCAAAGGAGAAAUGGGCAAAUGUAUUUUUCCCUGUAUGCAGAUAUGGUGCUCACUCUUCAACUCUUGCUGAGUCCUUCAACAACUGGGUUCUUCCUUUCAAAAAGUUGCCUGCUUUUGUUCUUCUCGAUGCGAUACGUUUGAAGGUUAUGGAGAAGAUGUCUGAGAGAAGCAUACUAGGUCUAGAAACUUUCAACACUAGGAUCACUCCUGAAUAUGAGGCUUUACUAAAGGAAAACAUUGACAGUGGUCGUACUUGGACUGUUUUUCAGUGGCGAGUUAAUGGUUUUCCUUGUGCCCAUGCUUGUGCUUCCAUUCAAGCUACGAGAGAAGACAUCUAUUCAUUUGUUGAGCCAUACUUCACCACCGAAUGGUACAACAGGACAUACCAGCACAUCAUCUUUCCAAUCCCCAAUUAUGACAAGCCGAAGUCUUAUGAUCCUAGUAAUAGGGUUAUUGUUCCUAUUCUUGUUCCUCCACCGGGUAGACGAAGAACACAUCGCAUCAAGAAUGCAUAUGAGAAGCAAAAGAGGGCUAUGAUGUGCACAAAGUGCUUCACUUUUGGUCACCACAACAGAACUACCUGCCCCAUGAUUUGA